AUGUUUCUAGCCAAUUAUAUGGGACAGAUUAUAAUGGACCAUAAUAAUCAUGUGUUUCUUACAGCGUACAACGUUCAAUGGUAUAGAACACCAUUACAUGUACAAAAAAUAAUAUUAUUCUUAUUGCAAAGGGACACCAAAAAGUUUACUUUAAACAUAGGUGGAAUAAUUGAAGGAUCCGUAGAGCACUUUGCCUCGCUAGUAAAGGCCUCAGUAUCUUAUUUUACUGUAAUAUAUUCUACGCGGUAA